AUGACGUAUGAGGCUGAAAGAGUGAAAGAAAAAGGUGCAGAUGAGAGUGAGGUUAUUGAAGAUCCGAAAGAUGAUACAGAAAAUAAAGCUGAGGUGACCGAAAAAGAUGUUCCCAUGCCUAUACCUCCAUCUCCCUUCCAAAAAAGGUUGGUGAAAAAACUGAAGAGGGAAAAUAUUGCAGAAGCUUUUGAACAGAUGCCUGGGCAUGCAAAAUUCAUGAAAGACUUGGUGAUCAAAAAGAGGGAAGUCAGUUUUGAGAAUGAAGAAAGGUUGCAACAUUGUAGUGCCACUCCCACAAGGUCACUUGUGGCGAAGAAAGAGGAUCCUGGAGCCUUCACUAUUCCUUGUACCAUUGGGAUAUUACACUUUGCGAAAGCUUUAUUUGAUAGAACUGUGAAGAGGCCCAUUGGAGUACUCAAACAUGUCCUUAUGAAAGUGGAGUCAUUCAUUUUUCUGGCGCACUUUGUGAUACUAGAUUGUGAGGUUGAUUUUGAGGUUCCCAUGAUCUUAGGGAAACCAUUUUUUGGUACUGGGCGUGCGUUGGUCAAAAUGGAGAGAGGGCAGAUGAAGUUUCGAUUAAACAAUGAGGAGGUAAAUUUUAACAUUUGUAGGUAUAUGAAGUAUGAAAGUGAUCUUAAGUCGGUAUCAGUGGUAAAUCAUAUGGUGGAGCAAGAAUCUGAAGUGUCCAUUGAAGUACUAGCUGUGAUAAUGAAUUUUGACAAUGAUGGUAUUGAUGACUAUGAUGAGCUAGUUGUUUCACUUGAUAGGUUCGAGUUUCAUUUCAAGCCAAAACGAAUGGAAUUAGACAUCAAGAAUAGAGACACCCCACCUGAAAAAUCGUCUGUUGAUGAGCCUUCAAAACUGGAAUUUCAGGUUCUUUCAUCCCACUUGCAGUACAUAUUCUUGGGACAAAAUAGCACUUUACAUGUAAUCAUUGUUGCUGACUUGAGUGAAGGGCUAGAGGCCUUGGUAUCGGUACUGAAGUAG